GAGACGAUCCAAUAAAUUCUUUCGAUGGCGGUCGAUGGGAUUAGACAGGAUUAUAGGAGGGAGCGACGGAUUAGGCCAGCGUUCCGGGCGCCCCAACCUUUGUCGCUGUGAGACCAAGAGCCGAAGCUCUGCAUUUCACUUUCGCGAGUGUUCCUGAAUGACUUGGAAGUUCUGAGAGCCUUGCCUCCGCCACAAUUUUCGGACUUCAACUUGUUUGAGAGCCGCUUCCGUGCGACGCAGACGACAAUCCAAAUGAAUGCGAUCGAGUUCACGGGGCGAGACGACGACGGACAUGCAGGCUUGGAGGAGACGAACCUCACGCCGAAGGCCAGGAAGAAUCUUCGGUUUAAGUGCUGCUUCUGCAAGUAUGGCAGCGAGGAGCCACGCUCCAUGGCGGCCCACCUGCCCACCCACGUGGAGCCCCAGUUCCGUUGCCAGCACUGCCCCCGUGUCUUCCCCAGGAAGGACAACUGGAUUCAGCACACCAUGGUCCACACGGGCGAGCGGCCCUUCAAGUGCCCGGUGUGCCCAGCAGGGUUCCGGCGCAAGCGCGCCCUGCGGGACCACGAGCGCUCUCACACCGGGGAGCGGCCGUUUCAGUGCCGUCAAUGCCUUAAGUCGUACGGCUCGCUGUCCACCCUGCAGAGCCACGCUAGACGGCACCGCGAGACCAAGCCACACGCAUGCUAUGUGUGCGAGAAGACCUUCUACAACAAAUGGGAGUGCACGAGCCACAUAAGGAUACACACGGGGGAGAAGCCGUUCCAGUGUGAGCACUGUCCCAAGGCGUUUACGUUUAAGUCGGCGCUCACCAGUCACACCCGGCAGCACACAAGAGAGAAGCCGUUUGAGUGCCAGCUCUGCUUCAAGACCUUCAUCAACAGCAGUAACCUGAACCGGCACAUUCAGACGCACGGGCAGGAGCUGUCGCAAGUGCUGCAGACAUCUUAACGGCUUUGCUUGAAGCAUUUGGCCCCGAGCACGUUCAAACGUGGGGCGACGAAAAGGCCUCACGUAUUCUUCCGGCGUCCCGGGCUCUUUUCGAGUCUGUCACACCUGAGCAGCUGCAUUCAAACGUGCGAGAUUGGUGAACCAUUGGUCACUUGCAUAAUAGCGGAGGCUGGAAAUAGACCUUAAGAUACCAGCAUUGUCCGCAAAUGUUUAGUUGGAAAUCUUUGCCUUGAUGGCUUACAAAUGCUGACUUUGAUUACGAAGGCCAACCAUGAUAGAUAUGAAGAUAUGUUUCAUUUUAUCGAAGGAAAAGAAAAAAAAAAGGAAAAAUUUCUUUUGACUUGCUUGUGUAAAACGUGUGUCUGCUGUCCCUAGGGAGGCUGCAAUUUUCUCAAAUGAAUUGAAGACUUCAGAUCAAGUGACUUAAACCUAAAAACAAUAACAAAAAAAAAAUUUAGUUAAGUUUUGUGGUUUUGAGGAUACCCUUGUAGAAGGCAUAUCAGCACUUGUGGAGACUAGAGUCACUGAAUGUUCCCACAGUAUCGAAACUCCCAGACUCGAUGUGCCAAGAUGACGGCUCAAUUUUUUUUCUUUACUACUGUGGUCAUCAUGAGCAUUCAGAAAGCAUGUUUUUGCAUAAGAACAAACGGAAAAAGCUAUUUUUGUGGAAAUUUUUGUUGGAGAUUAGUAGAGGAUGACAGGAGCAUGACGUUUGCAUAAAAUUUUAGUUUACAGGUAUUGUGGCACAAUUAAUAUUGUUUUUAUACAACCAUGUCUCACCAGUGAUUUCAUGUAGCGUGUCCUGACUUGGGCGCGUCCUAACUUUGGUGGUAAUUUGCGGCGCGUCCACUUGGGAGACGGGGUCGGCAUUGGCACUUUCCGAGCAAGUGUACUGUUGUGAAUCACAUGCCUGUGGCCCACGUCCACUAUCAUCACUGUGGCCACCACCUCUGCCGUCCGUCAAGAUCGUUCCUACACCGUCGAAGGCCCAGUCUUUCCUGUUCUCGGCUCCGUCGGAGGUUCCAGUCGACUAGAUCGGCGCACUGUAAGCCCUUGUUGGAGAGGGUGGUUAGACGCAUCUUCAGCACGACAGAGGCAGCAAGUUCCUCGCUGCAUUUUUCUCCACUGAGGCGGCCGAGAAGUUGGUAGUGCAGGACAACCUGCUGCUGGGUAAAGUCAUGGUCCCACUGGAACAGGUGGGGCCCUGGUGCCAUUUACAUGUCGGUUUUCCGACUUCCACCAUACAUCUUGGACGACACCCUUCAAGCACUCCUCAGGUCUUACGGCAAGAUCCCGGGGUCUCUCACUUGGUGUGCAAGGACCGUCUCACCUUGUUCACCGGCUCAAGGGUCGUCUGCUUGGAAAUGACGAAAGUGGUGUCCAACUUCAUCAAUGUCGCUGCAGGGCACCGCGUCAUGUGCAAGUACCGGGGCAUGCGGCGAGUCUGUGCCCGCUGCAGCCAGAAGGGCCACUUCGGAACGGCAUGCAGCACGCCGAGUUGCAACCGCUGUAGAAUCUUUGGCCACAGCACCGAGGGCUGCACCGCUCCGUGCAAGCGCUGGGGCCACAACCACGCCAUGACGGACUGCAUGCAAUGCAGGGGCCACUCAGCAGUAGCUCAAGCGGUGGGUCCUCCCAAACCCGUGGCCCAUGUGACAGCGGCGGGCACACCGCCGACCGUGGAGAAGCAAGUGGCGCCCCCCAAGCCAGACUUCUUGUGCACACCGAGGCAGCCCGCCCCGAGGUGUCAAAGGCACCCUAGGUCGACCUAGGUGCCCAAGUGGACACCGUCAAUGGCGCCUCGGACAGCGGGUCGUUAGUCAUCAACGAGCCUGCGCAAGAUGAGUCGCCGGUGAGCGCAGAGUUGAUGGCCAGUGCGUCAACCUCGUCGGCAAAUGCGGUGGGUGUGGCUCGGCAGAUCCCCCUCGAGGCCUCCGUGACACCAGUGGACAGCUCCGAGUCCUCGACGUCGGAGGCUGACGGUGACGGAGCCACUCCCUUGGACCGCCAAGGCAAGAGGUGUCGCAUCAGCAUGUCGCGCUCGGGCACCUCUGGACGUGAGACAUCUCGUGCGCCGGACUUGAGAAAGGUGUGUUGAGGGGAGGAUCGUCCAAUCCUUGGACGUCUCCCCUCGAAGUCUUAAAACUAGUUUUGCCCUCAUCGCCCCUUUUUAAAUGUCUGCACCACUCGGUUGUGUCUCUUUUUUUUUUUUGUUUCUUUUUUUUUUUUGUAUGGCCCUUUGUAUACUUGCUACUGCCCCCCACCACUCUAUUUUGCUGAUUAGGAGUCGAAACUCCACUGCGUUCAAGUGAACCACCUCGAAUCAAAGCCAGUGUGGCCCACGUUCCAUUUUAGAGUGCAGCUCUUGGGUGCCCGUUUCCACAUAUAGCUGCGUCGGCAUAACCAUGCACGUUGCAUUAUGGGACGUCGCAGACCUAUACUCCAAUUCAAUUCCCCGCUAAAUUUAGCGAAAAAACUAA